UUUAAAUUGGUAAUAACCUGAUAACAGAUAACUAUUUACUUUUAACUUGUUGAGUUGAAUUUCUAUAUUUAGAAUAAAAUUAAAAUUAUUCAUUUAAUUUUCGAGAGAGAGUUGAAUUAAAUUUUAUUUAGAACAUUUCCCGUAAUAAUUAUUAACAUUUAAAUCAUGUUGAAUGUAUUUUCAAUAAUUCGUAAUAAAUUAUUACCAUUUGGUGUUAAUAAUCAAAGUACACAAGGAUUCUCAACAACUUAUAAAUGUUGUGAUAAAGUACCUGAAACAUCAUCACCUGGUGCUACUGCUACAUCAUCUCCAGGAUCUGGUGCAUCAUGUAAUCCACAUGUAGCUGCUAAAACAUUACAUAAACCAAAUAAUUUAGAACGACGAUUUUUAGUUUGGACUGGAAAAUAUAAACGAAUUGAAGAUGUUCCUGGCAUGGUUUCUAUGGAUGUUAUGGAACGUGCAAGAAAUCGUGCCCGAAUUCGUAUUGCAAAUUAUAUGAUGGCUGCGACAGCUAUAGCAUGUAUUGCAAUGGCGAUCAGUGGUAAACGAGCGGCUGAACGUGGUGAAAGUGUACAAAAAAUGAAUUUAGAUUGGCACAAAGAAAUGAACGAUCAGUACAAGAAGGAUCAAGCAGCAGCAACAGCAGCUGGGGCCUCUACUUCAUAGACUUGUUUGUUUGUUGGUUUAUUUUAGUAAGUUAUUUUCGUUGUUGAUGUUUUUUAAAAUGGCUACGCUACAAAGAUAUAUAUAUUUAAA